AUGAACACCCAAAAUGAGCAAGAUAAACUUGUACAUGAGGAACAAGGAUUAGGUGAAGUAUUUGUUCCCUCCCAAGUCGUAAAGAAUUUCAAUGAAAUGGUAUCCGACCCUAAUGUUCUUCAGUUACCAUCAGAUCGAUCGGCUAAGCGUUCUUCUGAGAAUCAGGGACAAAACCAAGCCCCUUUAGUAUUUGAUGAUAAAUAUUAGUUAACUGAUAAACAGACAGCUCAACCAUUAAUCCGAAAGAAGGAGCCACCGCCAGAUGAAUUGAAGAAAUUAAACAAGUAAAUGAUUGGAUCAAAUCAUCACAGCCAGGAUGACAUAUCCAUAAAAAGUUCAGGAGGCGCAAAGUCUCCAGCUUAAUGUAAAUAUUGA